GCAGGAUGGACAUGGUUGGUGGGUGCCCCCAAAGCCAGGGUGUUAUGCGAUCCGUGCCCAUUGGCUUGGCUUGCAGUCGGGGGGUGGUAGUAGUAGUGGUGGUAGACGACUGUAUCCACACGGAGCCUCAGCGAUAACUGUCCGCCUCGUUGAGUACUUCAGGACUUGCUGUGUUAUCGGGGGCUAUGACACGGUGGACCUCCUAACCCCUACACUCGUGGGAUUUUCUAUGUCAAAACAAAAUAAAAAAACAAAUAUUAAAGUCAAACAAGAAGUGGCGGGCACGGACGACGAUCCACAUAAGCAGGGUCUGCAAAAAAAGGCUCGAAAACGUUACAAUCGCUACCUAAGGGAUGGCAUGAGACCGGAAGAGGCGAGGGUGAGGGCCAUAGAUCCGGAGGCUUAUCAACAGCUCGAGAAAAUAAAGCAGAAAAUUAUGUCUACGCCGGCUGUGAAAGGCGGCCUCAAGCGAAAGGCCAAAAGUCCAGCGACAGCUGUGGCCCCAAAGCGAGCCAACAAAUCCCCAGAGACACAGGGAUGUGGCACCAUUGAUGUGGCAAUUCUGGCCACAGGAUACCCGUUAAAACUCCUCACCCAAGAAGAGGCGACAAAGGUGGAGGAAGCUCUCGUCGCGGAGAUGCUGAAAGGCUGCUCCCACAGCAUUAACUUUGCUGGCAUCCACUUCAGGAACGGCCUGCUGAUUGUGAAAUGCCGCGACGACAAAUCCAAGCAGUGGCUGGAGCUUGCGGUGCCCAAGGUCCUUGUUCUCGACAAGGUGCUGCUACGCGCCUGCCCUGAAGACGAUUUGCCCAGCUUGCAGAUUGUCACGAUACACCUACCGCGCGCUGCAGGAGUGAAGCCGAAGACUGCAGUCAGUUUGCUGCGAGAGCAGAACAGGGAUCUGCACUCCGAGACGUGGGACAUGCUGAAGUGCAUCGUCACCAGGACAGGGGGUGCAUUUGUGACGCUUGGCCUGAAGCCAGCGGCGUUCGAAUUGCUGCAGCAGAACGGCAUGGAGAUGAGCUACCGCUUCGAGCAGCUGCCAUGUCAACUGCAAACGGCCCAACCGAGCGAUAAUGUCGAGGAGAAUGCCAUGUGGUAUGUGGAUAUACCGGACGUACAGAAUAAUACAAAUGAAGAUUAACAAAAACCGGAAAGAUUCUCCAUAAUAAAUAAGUAUACUCUAUCUAUGAUGUAUAUGUAUUUUGUAUAUUUAAAUUUAAUUGGAGUUUUGAAUCUUGUUUUAAAUUAACUAAGCUUAAACACUUAAAUAAACGCGCGAGCGCAAUU